AUGGAACCGAGCCGAGCCCGCCAUGGCAGAUGCGAGCCCAUCCCAACAAACUGCACAGGAGACGGCUUCUCGGAAGCGGAAGAGAGUUCCAAUUGCGUGUGGGUCUUGCAGAGCACGCAAAUCAAGAGUGAGUCUGUUGUCCGCCCCCGCAUGUCUUGUCCGGACAGUCGAUCGCGGCGUAUGAUGCGUGAGCUGAUCAAGUACGUGAGACAGUGCGAUGGGCUGAGACCGAGGUGUUCAGCAUGUGCCAAUCAGGAUCUCGAGUGCGUAUAUGCGUCUAUUGUUGGGGACAACACUCAGGUGCCUAAGAUUUUUCUGGAUCUCGUUGAGUCGCGUCUGGCAUCUGUGGAGAGCGAUCUCCAUGAGCUCAAAUCUCAAUUCGCUGCAAUGAACACCAACGGCGUACCUAGACAGGAGCUCAAUUAUACUCCAUCUGCACAGGCCAACAACGGCGGAUCCGAGUCCCUGUCAUCAGAGGCUCAUGACGGUGACCUGGACCAAGAAAGGUCACCUGAUGGAACUGACGGGGUCGGUACGAUUGAAUUCACGGACGGAGAGAGCUGGGAAUAUUUCGGCCCGUCAUCGAACAUAGCAUUUACACGCAUCAUCCGACGAGCGUUAGCCCUAGUACUCAACUUAAAGGAAUCACAAGAGUCCCUGCCACCAGCAACUUCCCAGCCUCGAAUGUAUAAAAACACCCUGACUGUUUCUCGACCGCAAUCUCCUCCAAAGAAAGGUGCUACCUCUCGGGCCUCAAGCAGAGUCGACGCGAGCCUUCUUCCCAAAGAAGAAUACAUGUCAAGUCUUGUUCGGCAAUUUUUCAGCGACACCGGGAUGUUAUUCCCCUACAUCAACGAGCAGAGGUUCUGGGCGACAUACUCGAAACUCCAGAAGCUUGGGCCAACGAGUGUUCGGAAGUCGUGGCUAGGGCUAUUGAACAUGAUAAUGGCUAUGGCAACUAGCACUCGGGCUCGCAGCGACGUUGACAUGGAACAGCGCUAUUCACAGUCUGAGGUUUAUUUCAAUCGAGCCAGAACUCUGUGUCUGGAUGGCAUGAACCCCGAAGCUAGUCUCGAGGCCGUGCAGGUAAUGAUUCUCAUCACGCAGUACCUACAAGGAACACAGCGUUCCAUCAAAACGUGGGCAAUUCAUGGACUAGCUGUGAAGAUGGCCUUUCAACUUGGUCUUCAGUCAGAGCAGGUGCUCGACAGGUUUGACCCUCUUGAAAGGGAAACUAGGAUUCGGACGUGGUACGGCUGUGCUGCCUUGGACCGAUCUCUCAGUGUGACGUUUGGACGACCGCCCAGCAUUCCCGAAGCUUUUAUUCGGGUCCGAAUGCCUUGUCAUUAUAUCGAGUCCCAGGCACAGAAUACAGCUCCCUUAGUUUGGGGCGCAGAAGAGCGGACCACCAUCUUUUGGAACGCUACAAUGGGUUUGUAUAAAAUCAGCGCCGUUAUCAUCCAAGAUCUCUACGGAAGUAACAUCGGUGUAAAAGACGCCUCUGAAGUGGAAGAUAUUGCCUCUACCAUCAUCCAGGUAGAGCGCCAGCUUACUAACUGGCAGAUGUCACUGCCCGACAGCAUGAAGCUUGUGGCGAUACAAGACCUUCAGGCUGCAGAAGGCAACGUCUUGCACUGGAAGUUCCGAGUAAUUCUGUCUUUGCGAUAUCACAGUAUACACAUCCUAUGUCAUCGACCGAUCCUGAAACAUUAUAUGGAACUCAUAGACGAUCAGAAAAACUCCUCUGGUGCAACUCUGCAGCAUAUCGGCCAACUAAGCAAGACAGCCUGCUUGAAUUCAGCCCGGGCAAUCAUUGGGCUUGUGAGCACCUGCACCGCUUCCUCUGGUGAUGACGGGGGUUCGGCGUACCUCGGGGCGUGGUGGUUCACUCUUUACUAUACAUUCAAUGCAGCCCUCACAAUAGCAGCCAUCAUUCUCACACAACACGUCUCAGCAUCGCAAUAUUCACAAGGUCAAAACUUGGAAGAGACAGCAUCUCUCGAUAGGGAUCUCGAAAGGGCCAUUCAAGCCAUGGUACGAAUUGACUCCCGCAACGCAAUUUUGAACAAAUGUGUCAAGUUUACAACUACUCUUCGGCAUCUACUACAGGGUCUACAGUCGAACUCCCUCGAAGACUCUAUUGGCGUCUCGGGCGUAGCGGUAGGACAAGAGUCCAUGACUAACAUGGAUAGCGACUUGAGUUACCACAAUGGAUCGCUUAGUUCCAUGAUGAACGACUUUUUCUCGUCAACCUUUGACUUUCACGACACGGCUACCCACUCUGGGGAUCUUCUCAUGUCACCGAAUUUCUUGUACAACUUUAGCCAAAGAGACGAGCCUUGGCAACUAUGA